UCCUGUCAUUGAAGAAGGAAGUUACACUUUAUAAAGUGAUAAAAUGGCGACUAAAGAAAAGACAGACGCGUCAGAUGAAAUAAUAACACUCACAUGUUGUGUAUGCACGAAGAAAAACAUAAGAAGAGAUGCUGAAAAGUAUUGUGUAGAAUGUCAGGAUUAUUAUUGCAUACCAUCCACAGACUCGCACAAAAUGUUUCCUGCUAUGAGUGGUCACCAGAUCCUGGAUAGAGCUGACUUCAGCUCUCAUGGCUUACAGGUAGCUGAGCUGCCAAGUUAUCCUACAGAGAGAUGUUCUACACACAAGGCAAAAUUACUGGACAUGUUCUGUGCCAACCAUAAUGAAGUUGUAUGUGCUAGCUAGCUAUACAUCAUAGAGCUUGCCAAGAGAUACGAUCAAUUCCAGAGGACAUUGACAAUUUGUACAGGGAAUCAAGUUUAAGGGAAACUAAAACAAAAGUAAAUGUCAUGAAAAAAAAACAUGGAGGAUAUAAAGAAGUCAAAAGAGCAACUAUUAAGAGAGCUGAAGAAACACAAGAACGAGGCAACUGAUUCAAUUAGAAAAUUCAGAAAGGAAAUGGAAGCUUUGCUUGAGAAACUUGAAGAGGAUUCCAUAAAGGAGGUUGAAGCAGAGUAUGAAAAGAUUGAAAGUGUAUUACACAAACAAAUCAAGGAAGCAGAGGCAUUCAAUGUUGACCUUGUACAAUACUACAAGAAACUGGAGAGGUCUGCUGGAAAUAAAGCACAGGAGUUUGUCUGUGUUAAACAGACUGAGAAAACUACCAGUAAAGCUGAAAAUGCUGAACAAGUUCUGAGAAAAGAACCAGAUGUGCAAAUAGGAUUUCAACCUGAUGUAACAAUCAAAAACUUCCUUAAACAAUUAAAGACACUCGGCAAGAUCUCUAUUACAAGAACAACAGUGUACACAAAGAGAGCAGAGAAUGAAAUUAAUGUGAAAUUGACAACAGGCGAAACAUUUCUGCAUUGCUGUAUUUUUAGUUCCUGUUUCAUUUCAGAUGGCAGCCUACUACUGACAGACUUCAACAACAGAAAGCUUAAACAUCUGAAUAUUUCCACAGCUACAGUAAAGGAUCAUCUAGAUCUUAAUGCUGAACCAUUUGCUGUCUGUCAGAUCAGGGAUGAUGAAGCUGCAGUCAGCCUUGUUAACAAGACCAUCCAGUUUGUAUCACUGGGUAAUAAGAUAACUACUACAAAACAACUGAAACUUAAUCAUUACUGUUAUGGUCUGGCUAACAAGAAUGAGAGACUGUUUAUAACUGACUAUGGUUCCACAGUUUAUAUUCAUGAUAUGACUGGUACCAUGCUCCACAAAAUCACAGCAGACAGAUCAGGCAAUGCAAUUUUUAGUGACAGCAGACAUAUCAGUCUCAGCACUAACAGAGACAGGGUGUAUAUAGCUGAUGCGAACAAAGGUUUGAUCACACUAGACACUCAGGGAAAUUAUGUAUCAACAUUUAAUGAUCCUGAUGUAUUUAACCCUUGCGCAGUAUGCACCGAUGGAAGAGGAAACAUAUUUGUCAGUUCACAUGGAUCCUCAAACAUUGUGCAGAUAAGUGAGGAAUCUAACAGGAAGUUAGGUGUACUCAGAGGUAGGAUGAGACUUCUCUCUGUUUCAUUUGACCCACAGCAGAACAAACUUGCUCUCUAACAGUGAUGGUGAUACUGUAAAAAUCUUCCAACUAGAAUAAAUCAUAUCCUUUACAACUCGUUAUUCUGAACAAUGAAGUGUUCUGCAGGUUAAAUAUGUUCCAUUUUAUAUCUAACUUACAUCAAACUGUCUUACAACAUCUAUACAUUAGUAUCUUACAUGAAGGCAUAACAGUGUGCUAUAUACCUUAUCUGUACUAUAGUUAGUUCAAUAAAUAAAACACAAAUCUAA